AUGGGAGGGGCUCUGUCGAGUGUGCUGGGUGGCGAUGCGGCGGCGGCGGCGGCAUCAACCGAUGACUCAUCAUCGUCCGAACCCUCUCGGGUCACUGUAUUUCAUUCAUCUCAACGAUGGCAGCUGCACUUCAACGCCUCCAAACAACUCAAUAAAUUGAUGGUGGUGGAUUUUGCGGCAGCAUGGUGCGGGCCCUGCAAGAUGAUGGAGCCGAUCGUCAAACAAAUGGCUACCAAGUUCACCGACGUUGAUUUCAUAAAGAUAGACGUCGAUGAGCUCUCGGAUGUGGCCCAGGAGUUUUCAGUGCAGGCGAUGCCGACGUUCUUACUGCUGAAGCAGGGCAAGGAGGUGGGUAGGGUAGUGGGAGCUAAGAAAGAUGAGCUUGAAAGGAAGAUCGUCCAGCACAAGGAAGUCCCCAAAUUUGCUGCUUGAUUGAUGCUUGUGUUUAUUUUAUUGGCUAAAGAACCAUUAAUUUCAAUCUAAUAAAGGGAAAAAGAACAUUAUGGGUGGGUGUUAUUUUCAUGUUAGUGUAAUGUAAUGAACCAUCUUUCAUGUUAAGUGACUAUAAAGAAACAGUCUUGUGAUAUUCAUGUACAUCUUAGAUCCAUGUCUUUAUGAGUGGGUUCAUCUCACCAAAUAAUAGCUGUUAACUCAUAUCUUGUGCUAAGGAGCCCAGAAACACUGCAUUUUGAGAAA